UCCCUACAGAGCGCCGCUGUGUCUAAAGGUUCCUCUGUCGGAUAGCAACAACACGGAUGAUUGAUUGGGUGCAGACCUUGGCUCAGAAAUAAAAUGCUGGAUCGAGGAUUUAUCCAGUGAGAUUGUACGACCUUCAACUAGCAGUUUGAUGUUUCAAGCAUGCGCUCUACGAGUAUCCAUCCAACUGAAGUUAGCACCCAUUAGAUCUUUGUACUCAGCUUUCUCUGGUAAGGCGCUUGCCAUUUCUAAUGGCGUUACUCAAUCCAACACCAGGGAUGCUUCUCAGCUGCUCGACGAAAUGCCUCUACCAGAUUCUAAAACCUGCAACAAGAGGAUCAGGUGUUACACAUCAGACCAUGAGCAUUACGCAUCUCUGUCAAUGUUCAAAAGGAUGCUUAGUGCCCAGUUGAUGCCGGACAGCUUUGCUCUUGCUGCCACCAUCAAGUCUGCAGCGGGGGUGACUGUGCUUCUCGAUAUGGGGCCUGCAGAAGCCAUCCAUGGGUUUGCAAUGAAGACGGGCUAUGUAGUCUUUGCAGCAGUUCAGAAGGCUAUGAUAGAUAUGUAUGCCAAGUUCGGUGCACUGUGUAGUUCUCGUCGGGUGUUCAAGGAGAUGGAUAACCUAGAUUCAGUUGCUUGGAAUGUGCUUUUGACAGGAUAUGCUCGUGCUGCACUUCAUGAUCAGGCAUUGCAUUUGUUCCUAAGGAUGCAUGUGUGCGGUGUCAAAGAAAGUAAGCCUGAUGCGAUAACUCUUGCUGUAAUUCUUCCAGUCAUUGCCAAGCUAGAUCUUCUGCAAUCUGGACAGAGCAUCCAUGGUUAUGCUAUAAAGAUGGGACUGGAAGUUGGUACUUUAGUUGGGAAUGCACUUGUGUCAAUGUACACCAAGUGUGGCUUCGUCGAUGAUGCUCGUAGAGUGUUCUUUCUCAUACCUUACAAGGACAUUGUCUCAUGGAAUUCGUUGAUUGGAGGGUGCUCACAGUGUGGGCUCUUUGAUGAUGCUCUCACAAUGAUUUCUCAGAUGGUGUCAAUGAAUUUCUUGCUGAACGAAAUCACAAUUGUGAGCAUCCUCCCUGUAUGUGCAUUUCUAGAAGAUGCUUCGCGCUACGGCAUGGAAUUCCAUUGUUACAUAUUGCGCCAUGGUCUCGACACUGACCUUUCUGUUUGUAAUGCACUCAUGAUGUACUAUUCGAGAAUUGGUGAGAUGGAGCGAGCUGAAUGCGUCUUCGGUGAAUUGGAUAUGCGGGACCUAGUGACAUGGAAUACCAUGAUUGCUGGAUAUGCUAACAAUGGUUGGAUUUCAAAAGCAUUUGCUUUAUUGCAGCUGCUGCUGAUGAGUGGAAGAAAGCCUGAUUCAAUCACUCUUGUAAGUGUUCUUCCAUUAUGCACUCAACGAUAUGAUCUAGAAGGGGGAAAGAGGAUACAUGGUUAUGCAUUUCGUCAUAACCUUCUUUACAAAGAAACAACCUUAGGAAACUCCAUUGUUGAUUUAUACGGAAAGUGUGGCAAACUAGAGAAUGCACUGCAAACAUUUGAAGGUAUUAAAGAAAAAGAUAUAGUGUCAUGGAAUGUAAUGCUCUCAGCUUAUGUUGAUAAUUGUCGGUUGGAGAAGUUUGUUAACCUGCUGAAUCAAAUGAAUCAUGAACAAAUACAUCCUGACUCUGUAACAUUACUGAGUGUGAUUCAGGCUGGUACUUUAAAUGGCAGAAGGAAAGUCAAAGAAAUUCAUGCUUAUGCCCUCCGGUCUGGUUUUGUGAGCCUAGUGACCGUCGGCAAUGCAAUGCUCGAUGCAUACACAAAGUGCGGUGACAUUGAGGAUGCACAUAAAUUCUUCAGCAGUUGGACAGAAAGGAAUCUCAUCACUGGUAACACAAUGAUUUCGGGCUAUCUGGAACAUGGUCGUCCAGAUGAUGCAAAAAUGGUUUUUGUUCAGAUGUCUGAGAAAGAUGUAACGACUUGGAACGUUAUGAUUCAAGGUCACGCACUAUAUUAUUGCAGUGAUGUAGCUUUUGUUAUGUUCCAUCAGCUGCAGAAUGAAGGCUUGAAACCUGAUUCUCUGAGUAUUAUGAGCAUCCUUCCAGCUUGUGUGCGUGUGGCUUCUCCUUAUCUGAUAAAGCAGUGCCAUGGCUAUGUAAUUCGCACUCAUCUAGAGGACAUUUACCUUGUAGGUACUCUUUUAGAUUCUUAUGCAAAAUGCGGAAGCAUUAGUGAUGCAUACAAACUCUUUCAGGCAAGCUCCAAGAAGGACUUGGUAAACUAUACCGCUAUGCUAAGCGGCUAUGCGAUGUAUGGAUUGGCAGACGAAGCAAUCAGGAUGUUCUUUGAUAUGCUCGAGGCUAAUGUCAAGCCAGAUCAUGUUAUAAUGACUGCUCUUUUGUCAGCUUGCAGUCAUGCCGGUCUAAUAGACGAGGGGUGGAAGCUUUUCGAAUCCAUGACCGAGAAUCAUGGUAUUAGACCUACUAUGGAGCACUAUGCUUGCAUGGUGGAUCUUCUUGCACGAAGAGGUCGAUUAAGAGAAGCUUAUGAAUUUAUACUUGACAUGCCAUGUGAGGCUGAUACCGGUGUGUGGGGAACAUUACUCGGUGCCUGUAAAAUUCACAAGGAAGUUGAAAUAGGGCAGCUCGUGGCAGCUAAAUUAUUUGAUGCAGAGACUGAAAAUGUUGGAAAUUAUUUGGCGAUGUCUAACAUUUAUGCCGCAGAUGGGAAGUGGGAGGGUGUCGAGCAGGUCAGGAGACAGAUGAAGACAAUGGACCUUAAGAAACCGGCGGGAUGCAGUUGGAUUGAAAUCGCAAUGAAGAGGCAUAUUUUUGUGGCUUGUGACCUAUCUCAUCCGGAGAGAAUCUUAAUUUACAGUAUGUUGAGGACAUUGGAUCAAAUGCUCAAGGAGCCACUGGAAAUUAUAUGAUCAUUUCACUUCGACCAAAAAGAAUAUGGUAUGCUUUAUUGAUUGAGAAUGGUAAUUUUUUUGAACUUGAU